AUGACAACUCGAAAAGUUGAAGAAGUCUCUGCAGAUGACGAAAAACACACGGCGGUAAGAAAAGCUAUUAACGCAGUUCGUGGGACAAAACGGUCUACAAACAAUACAUCCAGUAUUGUGACGAGUUCUGUGUAGUUGAUCAACUAGUUUUCAGGGGAACAAGAGUGGUUAUGCCAAAGAGGUUAAGACCCAAAGUGCUACGUUUGGCUCACGAGGGGCAUCUUGGUAUUGUGGGGACGAAGCAGAAGCCUCAAAGUAAAGUUUGGUGGCCAGGAAUGGAAAAGGAUGCAGAGAAGUGUUGUAAAGCACGCUAUGGGUGCCAAUUAGUUAGUCGUCCUGACGUCGUAGAGCCUAUUAGAGCAAUUACCUUCCUAGAAGCCCAUGGUGAGAUUUAGCACUUGACCUGUGCUUUUCAGGAAAGUUUAUACUGGCUGCUAUCAAUUAUUACAACCGUUACUAUGAAGUUGUUAUCAUAAAAUCAACCGUUACUGCUAAGGUCAUUGAAAGUCUUGAAGAAAUAUUCUUUAGAUAUGGUCUUCCCGAAGUUUGACGUCUGAUAAUGGACCUCAAUUCAUUUUCACAGAAUUUGAAACUUAUAUGGAUUAUCAAGGAAUUCGACACCGAAGAGGUACUGCAAAGGGGUCUCAACUCUCAAGCGAACGGCGGGGUUCGAGCGACAGAACCGGUCAUUGUUAAAGAGAAUCCAAAUCGCAUAAGCAGAGAAGAAAGAUUGGAAUAA